AUGGCCCCUCCUAAGGUCUUCUCCCUCGAGGGCAAAGUCCUCAAGCUCGACAGCGCCGAAGACAUCAAUGCGUACAUUCAGCCCCUUGUUGAGAACACCGACUACACUGAAAUUCGUUUUGGAGGAAACACUCUGGGCAUUGGCGCUUCCCAGCGCCUCGCUGAGGUCCUGAAGACCCAGAAGAACCUUGAGGCUGCGUACCUUGACGACAUCUUCACCGGCCGUCUCCUGUCUGAGAUCCCCACUGCUCUGACCUCCCUCCUAAAUGCCGUCCUCGAGAUUUCGACUGUCCACACUGUCAACCUGAAUGACAACGCCUUCGGUCUCAACACCUCCGCCCCACUCGUCGACUUCCUCUCCCGGCACGUGCCCCUCCGCCACCUUAUCCUGAACAACAACGGACUCGGUCCCGCCGCCGGAACCCAGGUUGCUGAUGCGCUGACAAAGCUGGCCGAGCGCAAGGAGGAAGCUCGCAAGGAUGGCAAGGAUAUUGCGCUUUUGGAGAGCGUUGUCUGUGGACGCAACCGCCUGGAGAACGGCAGUAUGGAGGCCUGGGCUCGCGCUUACAAGGCCCACGCCGCUGGUCUGAAGUCAGUCAAGAUGACCCAGAACGGUAUCCGCCAGGAGGGUAUCUCCCACCUCCUGACUCAGGGUCUGUACCACGCUAGCGCCCUGGAGGUUCUUGAUCUGCAGGACAACACUUUCACUGUUAUGGGCAGCACAGCUCUCGCCAACUCCCUGCCCGGAUGGCCCUCACUCCUUGAGCUUGGUGUUGGCGACUGUCUUCUCUCUGCCCGCGGUGGUGUGAAGGUCGCCCAGGCUCUGGCCGCCAACAAGAACCCCAAGCUCCAGACUUUGCGUCUGCAGUACAACGAAAUCAAGGCUGAGGCUGUCAAGGGCUUCACUCACGCUGCCAAGUCUGCACUUCCCAGCCUGCGCCGUGUUGAGCUCAAUGGCAACAUUUUCUCCGAGGAUGACCCCAAUGUCACUGACCUCCGUGAGCUUUUGGAGGCUCGCCAGGAGGAGCACGGCAACGACGAUGACCCCGAGGACACCUGGGGUGUUGACGAGCUUGAUGAACUCGAAGAGGAAGAUUCUGAAGAAGAGGACGAAGAGGAGGAGGAGGAAGAAGUGGAGGAGCGCAAGGCUGAGAAGGAUCUCAAGGAUGCUGACCGCGCCGAGGAAGAGAAGGUUGCCCAGAAGUCCGACAAGGAUGUCGAUGCUCUGGCCGAUGUCCUUGGCAAGACCGGUAUCUAG